AUGAACUGGCUCAAAUCGACUCUCUCCGCCGUUGCGGGCACGCAGGAACCGAUCUAUGGCCCAGAAGCCAUCCAGCCCGUCUCCCAGCAACAAACUGAGGAUGCCCCGUACACUGAGCUCACCAAGCACGACCUGCGGUGGCGUGCCUACCAGUACACCAAUGUAGAAACCCAGACGUACUAUGUCAUGGCCGACAAUGGGACGCUGGUGAUGGUCCAGAUCAUUUACAGCAACAUCGCUGGCAUUCACACCACCGCCCAGUUCAACUGCAAGAUCUUCAACACCUCUGGCGAUGGUACCCCUCAUAUUUGGUUCUCGGACCCUCUGUACAACCACAUGUUCGACGAGAGCAUGUCUUCUUUUGCCGCGGAUAACAUCUCGCUGUCCCUGAACGAAGAGGGCAAUGCCUACACACUCAAGUCCGCUGUGAACGAGGGCUGCCUCGUGGACUUGACCUUCAACCGUGCCGCUCCCGGUUUCGCUAUCGGCAAAGAUGGUACUACAUACUUCGGAACCGACCCCGAGAACCCAUGGGGAUCCAUGCGCCACAUGUUCUGGCCUAGGUGCACUGUUACUGGAACCAUCACCACCAAGGAGAAGGUUCACGAUAUGACGGGUCGGGGAUUGUUCUCCCAAGCUCUCCAGGGCAUGAAGCCCCACCAUGCAGCCUCCCGCUGGAACUUUAUCAACUUCCAGACACCCUCAUUCUCCGCUAUCAUGAUGGAGUUCACAACCCCGCCAUCUUACGGGUCAACGGUGGUCAACGUCGGCGGUAUCGUCAAGGACGGCGAAAUUAUCUACGCUGGCACGACCAACACCGCAACCCACACAGAGGCAUCCCAGGAUGAGACGAGUGACUGGCCGGAACCCAAGUCUAUCAGAUGGGUUUGGGAGGGCAAGACGAAGGACGGUAAACCCGUCAAGGCAGAGGUUGAUGGCGCCCUCGGUCCUAAGCUUGACCGUAUCGACGUCAUGGCUGAGGUGCCAGGCUUCAUCAAGACCAUUGCUGGCAGUGUUGCGGGUGCACGGCCAUACAUCUUCCAGUACUCUCCUCAACAGAAGCUCUCCCUCAAGCUCAAGGUCGGCAACGACGAGUUUACAGAGGAGGGAAGCAUGUUCUCGGAAGCGACUUUCAUCUCCUAG